UUCAUUCAUGAGCAGUAGUCUAUUCUUAUUGUUUUAAUGAUGUUCCUUUUAAAUAGCUAGAAAGAAAAAAGGAAGGCAAUAUGUGGCAUAUACUAUUUUAUUUCAUUCACAGAAUAAAUUAGGGGUAUUGCUAAAAAACUGAAUUAUGAAUUGCAUUUUUCUACAUGUUAUGAUGCACAAGAGAAUCAAAAAAUAGAGAAGGAGGAAAGGAAAACUGAUAAGUAUAGUUAGUACAAUGAGUCAAUGAAGAAAAAAGCAGCAGUUGUACUCAGUGGAGGAAAGGAAAUUCAAAUCACCUAUGAGAAGGAAAAUAAAAACAGGGUUUUCAAAAUGGGGAAGAAAUGUAAGUUUCCAUUUCAAAUAUCAAUUAAUACAUAAGUAAAAUUAUUUCAAUCUUUCUUAGUAUGUUUUGAAAAAAAAUUAAGAGUGAAGAACUAAUCACUCAGGCCUAAGCUCUUUUAGCAAAAAUUAUUAUGUAUGUACAGAUUUUAAUGAAUGCAACAUGUUGCUACUACCUAUAACAACAAAAUUAUAUAGGGCAGAAACAAAAAUGGGAAUAUAAAGAAAUAUGAAUGGUUAUAGAGUGAUGUCCAAACCACAGAUAUCUAAAAUUCCCAUUGGAAAUAUUAUGGCUCCAUUUAGACUUUCAUUUAGAGGGACUUUGUAGGGAGGAACUGAGAGAUAAAUUCAUGUUAAAGUAUGAGAAGUGGAAGAAGACCAAGUUCACACUGGGAAUCUCAAACUGCUAUGCAUUGACUGUUGGGGACCAUGUUCAGAAGCUCAUUCUGAGGCAGUAGAUAUUUCCUUCCACAUUUCCAUUAUGAAAAACAUUAUAUUUUUAAACUAUGAUAAACAUUAUUUGCUAAGGUCAUUUCAAUGAGCCUCAUCCACAGACAACAUUGUUCAUAGCUAGGAAACUGAUGUCCUUUGGGAAAUGUAAAUGAACCCUAUUUGUUCCUAUACUUCAGGAGACAAGCAGAUGAAGUGUAAGCAUACAUCUUGCUUUCCUGUGAGGAUAUAUCUUGGAAAGAGGGAAGGUCUCAAAAGACAAAGACAUACAAAUUAUACUUCCAUGAUACAUUUCCUAUAUAGGGAGGCAAGAAGGAGUGGGAAUAAUUGAACCAAAGAAUGUACAAUUUACGGUUUCAAACAAAAGCCUCUAGAAGUUGCUUUGAAAAUGUUUAAAGGAAGGGAAAAAUGAAGAAGGAACCAACGAGUUUUCUAUGUAAUUUUGGAGGGAAUCAUGUUGAAACUGAGAGAAGGCAGCCCAACUUCUUUCAGUUUAUCUGCCUUCAGACCAAAGGUGAGACUAUUCCUGGUCCAGAGAUAAUUGGAACCAGUAUGGACUGGAAGAAUUGGGGCAACUUGCAGCUACCAACUUCUCCCCUUCAUACCUACCAGAGUCACAUUUUGGCAUGUCAUCAGCAGAAGAACAGGAAAGUCUCAAGGACACUGAAAAUAACCCACAACUGAAUGAAACUGAGCAGCAUCCACAGGUGUGUACUUCUGGUAUAUCUGAUGAGUCCUAUCAAAGAGGAAAGAAGAUAGUAAAUGGACCAGUACAAGAGUCACAUUCGGACAUGUCAUCAGCAGAAAAGAAGGAGAGGCUUAUGGGCACUGAAAAAAGCCAGGAACCGAGUGUCUGUAAGCAACCUACAGAAGUUUGUGCUUCCAGUAUAUCUGUUGGGUCCUAUACACAAGCAAAGAAUAGAACAAACGAACAUGGAGAAGAUGCAGGACCUGUAUCUUCGUACACGGGUGAAAAGGGUAACCCGAUAUCCACUAAAACAGAGGAAGCAGGAUUAGAAGAUGUGCCACGGUCCCAGAUGGUAUCUAAAGACGUACAUGCUUUAUACAAGCACAUCAAGCCUACCAUUAAAAGCAAAGAUACAGCUCUCAAAAAACAAAAAUGGUGGAAGCAAAAAAUAAAACGGAAAUCAGGUAACUUUUGCAGUACAACUUCUAUAAAACUACCUAUGAUUAAACCUUGGAAAUGAUAGCAAACUUUUCACUCCUGAUAUAUCCAUUUGUGCCAUGUGUUGGGAGGAUUUGCCCCAUCAGGUCUGUGUUGGUGGUGCAUCCACAUUUCAAAAUAUUUCUGUAAAUCUA